CUUUCGGGAUAUAACCAAUCGGACUCGCAUUCCUUCCGCGGGACUUCUCAGCAACACAUAACAAAGUGUUUGAAGUUUUACGUAUUUUGUGUAAUUUGACUUUAUUACUGUGUUAUUUAUUUCUUAUACACAAGUGUUUUAAAACUCCAGAAAAUUGCUAGCAAUGCAAUGUAUCAAGUUUUCAUUAGUGGAUAUCGUUUGGCCGAAAUGUCACACGGCAAGCCCUAUUAUGUUUAUUGUAUUGAGGUUCUGGAAUCGGAAAGUGGUACUAGAUACUUCAUCGAGAGAAGAUACAGUGAAUUCAACACGUUACAUCGCACGUUGAAGAAAGAAAACGCGGACGUUGCUCCGUUUCCGCCGAAGAAGGUAAGAAAUUCUCAACCAAAAGUGCUCGAGCAAAGACGAAUAACAUUGGAACUAUACAUUCAAAAAAUGUUAAGUCUCUCAGCCACGAAGCAACAGGUUCUCAAUUUUUUGGGCAUAGAAGGUCGAACAUCUGGUGCAUCAUAUAAAAGUGCGUACAAGGAUACGGAGGAUCCACAAUACGUUGAUACUAAUGUUCUCAGCCAUCAACCUGUAUUAACUUUUCAUUGUGAUCCAUACGUUCAGCCCAGCGCCACAUCGAGCAGUCUUCCAGAUAUCGUGAUCAAUGGAGUGCUAUUGGGCAUAUACUAAUUCUUGAAAAGCUUAUUGGUUGAUUAUAAUGAAGUCAAAAAGCGUCAAAAGAAUCAUACAUCAUGUGGGAAAUUUUAACUCUGUAUUAUUAUAAUUUUCAUGAAAAUUAACGAGGCGACUUUUGCUCGUUUCUCUUUAUCUCAUUGGAGAUAAAGCAGUGGGCGUAUUUUAUAUAUGUACUACAUAUGUACUAAUGUAUCGCUGUCGGAAUACCCGACAAUAUGAGAUAUUUGUGCAAAUUCGAUUAACAAAGGAUGCAAGGAAGGGAGGAUCAAUUUACAUGUGAUACGAUUGUACUUGAAUCGAUAUUCCAUUAAGAGAUUAGAAAAUGCGCAAGUGUGCAUGUAAUCAAGGCAUGUAAAAAAAUA